UGGUACCAUUUGGACAAGACACGACGGAAACAAAGUCAGUUGCGAGGUGGAUCAUGGAAAUCAGAGAGGAAGGAACAUCAGAAGAAGGGCAGCAUUUUCUCCCUGCGGCUCCAGCAAAUGACUCCGAGGCCAUCCAGUUCACCAGCAUCCAGAAGAUUCCCAAUGAGCCACAGUUGGAAUUCAUUCUUGCGUGCAAGGAUCUUGUGGCUCCUGUCAGUGAUCGGAAAUUGAACACGGUCGUGCACGUCUCAGUAAUCCACCCCGUGGAGCAGACCCUGACGAGGUACUCCAGCACAGAAAUUGUGGAGGGAACAAAAGACCCACUGUUCCUGACGGGUGUCACGUUCCCGUCUGAGUACCCCAUCUAUGAAGAAACUCGAAUCAAACUGACGGUCUAUGAUGUCAAGGACAAGUCUCAUGACACUAUUCGAACCAGUGUCCUUCCGGAACACAAGGAUCCCCCGCCUGAAGUUGGGAGAAGCUUCCUGGGCUGCGCCAGUUUUAAAGUUGGGGAGCUGCUGAAGGCUAAGGAGGAACAGCUGUGCCUGAAUCUGAGAACCUCAGAUGGUGGCAAAGUGGUCGGCACCAUAGAAGUCCGCCUCAUGAAGAUGGGGGAGAGUGAGGAUGGGGACAGCGACCAGAUCACGACAGAUGUGCAGGGACAAAAGUGUGCACUGGUGUAUGAAUGUACAGCACCAGAAAGUGUGACCGGGAAGGAAAACUUACCUUUUUUGAAUGCAGUGUUAAAGAACCCCGUGUGUAAACUCUAUAGAUUCCCCACGUCUGACAAUAAGUGGAUGCGUAUCCGUGAGCAGAUGUCAGAAAGCAUCCUCUCUUUUCAUAUUCCCAAGGAACUGCUCUCCCUUCACAUAAAGGAAGACUUGUGCAGAAACCAGGAGCUAAAAGAACUUGGUGACCUUUCCCCACACUGGGACAACCUACGGAAAAAUGUCCUUACUCACUGUGAUCAGAUGGUGACGAUGUAUCAAGACAUCCUGACAGAACUCACCAAGGAAACAGGGUCCUCUUUCAAAUCCAGCAGCAGCAAAGGAGAGAAGACAUUAGAAUUUGUUCCAAUCAAUCUACACUUGCAACGGAUGCAAGUGCACAGCCCUGACCUGAAAGACGCUCUCUAUGAUGUCAUCACUGUAGGAGCCCCAGCUGCCCAUUUUCAGGGAUUCAAGAAUGGUGGUCUUCGAAAACUACUUCAUAGAUUUGAGACAGAGAGAAGAAACACUGGCUACCAGUUUAUUUACUAUUCACCUGAAAACACAGCCAAGGCCAAGGAAGUUCUCAGCAGCAUCAAUGAACUGCAGCCCCUUGUAGCAACCCAUGCAGACCUGCUGCUAACCUCCGCCAGCCAGCACUCACCCGACAGCUUGAAGAGUUCCUUAAAGCUGCUUUCAGAAAAAACUGAGCUCUUUGUGCAUGCCUUCAAGGAUCAGCUGGUCAGGAGUGCUUUGUUAGCUCUCUACACGGCAAGACCAGGGGGCAUCCUGAAGAAACCACCCUCCCCUAAGGACAGCAUGGAGGAGACGAGUCCCCAGAACGAGACCCCUCAUCUGAGAAGACAGGACUCUAUACCCCAUCAUUCUGACUAUGACGAAGAAGAAUGGGACAGGGUGUGGGCCAACGUCGGGAAGAGCCUGAACUGCGUCAUCGCCACAGUAGACAAACUGAUCGAGAGAGACGGUCACAAUGAAGAAGGUGCCGGAGGUGGCGGGAGCAAUGAUGGAGAGGCGGACCCAAGCCUAGAAGAGUCCAUCACGUCUCAGCCAAGGGAGGACUGGUAUGAACAGCUGCAGCCACUCAUUCUUACCCUGAAGGAGUGCAUGGGAGAAGUGGUGAGCCGAGCAAAGCAAUCCCUGACGUUUGUGCUACUCCAGGAACUAGCCUACAGCCUGCCCCAGUGUCUGAUGCUGACUCUGAGAAGAGAUAUCGUCUUCAGUCAGGCGCUUGCUGGAUUGGUCUGUGGCUUUAUCAUCAAACUACAUACAAGUUUGCAUGACGCUGACUUCCUACAGCAGCUUCACACGGUGGGCUUGAUUGUUCAGUAUGAAGGACUGCUGAGUACCUACAGCGAUGAAAUCGGAAUGCUGGAGGACAUGGCCGUGGGCAUUUCAGAUUUGAGGAAAGUUGCCUUUAAAAUAACCGAAGCCAAGUCCAACGACGUCUUGCCUGUUCUCACAGGAAGGCGGGAACACUAUGUGGUGGAGGUCAAGCUUCCUGCAAUGGAAUUUGAGUCUCUCCCUCUGCAGAUUAAAGAAGGCCAGUUGCUUCACGUGUAUCCAGUUCUGUUUAAUGUUGGAAUCAAUGAGCAGCAGACCCUGGCUGAGAGGUUUGGAGAUGUUUCUUUGCAAGAAAGUAUCAAUCAAGAAAAUUUUGAACUUGUACAAGAAUAUUACUCAAUAUUUAUGGAAAGGAUGCCUCCUGAUUAUAUUUCACACUUUCAAGAACAAAACGAUUUAAAAGGAAUGUUGGACAAUCUCCACCAAAAUAUUCAAGCCAAAAAAAGAAAGAACGUAGAAAUCAUGUGGCUAGCAGCAACGAUUUGUCGAAAACUCAACGGUAUUCGUUUUACCUGCUGUAAAAGUGCCAAAGACAGGACGUCGAUGUCAGUGACGCUGGAGCAGUGCUCCAUCCUGAGGGACGAGCAUCAGCUGCACAAAGACUUUUUCAUCCGAGCCUUGGACUGCAUGAGGAGAGAAGGAUGCCGCAUAGAGAACGCGCUGAAGAAUAUCAGGUGCAGAAGGUAUGCUUUCAACAUGCUGCAGCUGAUGGCUUUCCCCAAGUGCUACCGCCCUCCAGAAGGCACUUAUGGAAAAGCUGACCCCUAAGUGUACCGACACGGAAACAAACAGGACACAAAUACACUGUGGUUGGAAGACCUCCUCCACCUCUGUCGCUUUUAUUUUUGACUGUUGUCAGUUGGUGGGGUGAGGGGCUCGUGGGUGUGGCUCACAUCAAGGUCCACACAUCAUUCAGAAAGUGACGUCCAGAAAUGAAGUCCUACCAGCCCCGCCGUGUCCAGUCCGUCUGUUCUUUCUGUGUUAACCCUCACUGGCUGAGGUUAGUUGAGAAAGUGUAAUUCCGUUUGUAGGGUGUUUAAAUAAAAACAUGUCCUGAGGAAACAAGGUUAGUCCAGUGGUGCCAGAGGUGACUCAGAGAAUGUCACUCUCCAUCUAAGCUGUAGAGAGGAGCAAGUAGAGGGAGUGGGCCCAUGUGAUGCUACUUUGGAGUCUUGCCUG